GGCCUAUCAAGUGGGUUUUGGAAUAAGUAAUUUUUCUGAAUGUCAGUAGCAUGACUAUAAAUUCAUAUUAAUGCAAUCUCGCCAUCUUAAAUUUCUGAGUGACACUACAAAUAUUUUCAAGACCCUCUUUGAAAUGAGGCAAAUACAGCUGAGUUGUUUUGAAUGAAAUCAUCAACACACACCUAAAUGGAUCUGAAAACAAAUACAGGCGCAAGUCACCUGGAUUCCUUGGAGACAGAUGAUGGCAUUCUUUCAGUUCAGAUCCUAGAAUUUAAAACAAGUCUUCUGGAUGCGGUACAAGAGCUGCACAUUCGGAGGGAUGCGGAAACUCGAUAUGAGGGACAGAUCAAUGAACUGGUCCUGGAGAAGCAAGAAUUGGAGUGGCAAAAGGACUCUGUUCAGCACCAGAUCAGCUCAGUAACCAAUCAGCAUGAUGAGGCUCUUGAUACUGUGAAGAAAAGGUUUCAGGCCCAAAUUCGAAGCCUGGAGGAAGAUAGGGGAAAGCACCAGCUCACAGCCGAGUUGAGAGAAAAGGAGAUGACUAGUCUUAAGGAGGAGCUCAAAACAUUGCAGUUGGGCAAGUACAGUAUGGAGAAGAAGUUGAGCGAACUGGAGCAGAAGCUUGAGCUGCAGACGCAGAGUAAAGACGGCCACCUGAAGCAGCUGGGGGAGGUGGAGCAGCGCUUUGGCACGGUGUCGCGCCAGUGCACCAUCCUCAAGCAGGCCCAUGGCACACUGCAGCAGAAUGUGGAAGAGGCCAUCAAAAUCAACAAGAAGAUUACUACUGUGAAUAAAAGUCAAGAAUCAAAAAUAAAUACAUUAACCCAGGAAGUGGAGAGGCUGCACAGCGAGCUGAUCACGGCGAGGGUGUCGUCUGCGUACCAGUCAGGAGAGGAGAGCUCCAGCCUACGCGAACGCGAGCGGCAGAUCCAGCAGCUUCAGCAGCGCCUGCAGAUGGAAAUGGAACUGAACAAAAAACUUCAGUAUGACAAUGAUGCUGCUCACUUGGAAAAACAGGGAGUGAUGAACUCCCUGCAGCAGGCCCAGCAGUUGCUGCACACACAGACACUGGCUCUCAGUCGAUCUGAGGCGGAGCUGCUCACUCAGAGAGAGGAGUAUCAGGCCCUUAAAAGACAGCACGAGCUGGUUCUGGAAGAAGCCAAGGGGAAGGAGGAAAGAUUUGGUCGCCUGAAGGAGGAGUGCAAGAAUGACAACAUCCUGUGGGAAAAAGAGAAACAGGCGCUGCAGCAGCAGAUCCAGAGCCAAGAGGAGGAGCUGGGCUCCGUGAAGGAGGCCUAUGAGCACCUCCACCACAAGCACAAGCAGCUUUCUGCCGCCAGGCUACAGGCUGACCACAGACACAGCUUGGAGUAUGGACUGACGCACGGCACAGACGGAGACAGUGAGAUUGCCGAUGGCCAGCGGCCAACAGAUGCACACAGUGAGCGUGUAUCCUCUGACGAGCAGAUUGAUCCUGUCAGGGCAGAACAAAAGUGUACACAAGGGAAUGACACUACAAAUCCUGAAGCUGAGCCAGAUAAAGUCAUUGAACCCGCUGAGGCUCAGGAGAUGGCAGCAGACAGCUCUCCUUCCAGGCCACGCUCGGACUUUCACGUCGAGCCGCAGCCUGCCCAUGCCGAUACAGCACCACCACCUCACCACCCGGAUGCAGAAGAAAAUGGACUGAGUUGCCCCCUUGACCGUUUUCCUGGCCUCUGUGAGCACAGUCAGUCCAGCGCCCCAUUGAAAGUUGAUGAGCUGCCUAUGGCAGACAACAGCAGCAAGGACAGCAGCAGUAACGGUAUGGUCCACUGGAGCGGAGGGCUAUCUGUGGCUGAGACCAGCUCUGUUUAUGAUGCUGAGAAUGACCCUGGGGCUGGAGGGAAGGGGGAGGUGGGAGUGCAGCAGACUCUGUGUACCCCUGAGGCAAGACAUCCCCAGUCACCAGAUAACGGCCCAGACAGUCAGGCAGUCGCUCCAGCACAGGGCCCAGUCUGCACAGAGGCCCAGCCCCAGACGCCAGCGGCCGAAGCCACACCACAAAGUCCUUCCACCUCCCAAACAGCAGGUGAGCGUGCAACCGUUGCACUAGCCCCUGAAACAAAUCAGGCAAGUCAGUUGAGCGGCGACGGGCCUAUCGUGGUUGCCGCGGCCGCUCCCGCACAGCUGAACAACAACAGCAUUGAUGUUCCCCAAGGUCUGCACACACCCAUCUCACAAUCGCCGCAGCCAGCUGAGCCAAGCUCCUCACAAUGCCUGGACCAACCACAGAAUGACCUCUCCCAUCUUGCUCUGCAGCCUAGAGAUGGUCUGAGCAGCCGUGUCCCAGAGGCAAGACAUCUCCAUACCCAGAAUGAGGAAUGCUCACCUGUGACUAGAGAGAACGUGGAAGCCGUCCAAGAGGUCGACCCUGAAAAGCACGUUCCAGCUGUAACCGCAGACGCUAAACGCAGCUAUGUCUCCGCUAACAUGGGCUCCCCUGAGUUAUUCCCUCCGACAUCCUCCGCCGUGGAGGCAGACCCACCGCAAGCCGCCGGGCCCUCCGAAGAGCCGCGUUCCAGCGACGGCCAGAAGCACCAGGGCAGCAUUCCUGCAGACGCUCAAGUCACACCUCGGACGUCGACCGCAAGCUCCGAAGCGCAGGGCGACGAGAGGUCACCUUCCCCAGCGGCGGACCCUCGAGGCGCCCCGGGGACAAAGCCGCACAGGUCCUGCUUUGUGUGGGGGGGCGCGCUGGCGAAGAGCCCGCCGCUCGUGAUGGGUUCGCACGGCGCGGAGGGCUCUCCCGGUGUCACCCAGGGCAGCGCUGUCUGCACCGUGUCCACGGCAGCUCCGGGGCCUGCCGUGUCAGAGCACAGAUCCGCAACACCACACUGGAGAUUCCUGGAGGUUCCCUCCGCCCGCUCGGCCCCUAUCUUUCAGCGAGACAGACUUAACAAAAGAGAUUCGGCAGCUAAUGCAAGAAGUGCAGGAGGGUCAGAUGGCGGUGGCAUCCGCCCAGGCCACAAACGAGACCAGCAGGAGAACUGGAAUGCCAUCAGACAGAGCCUCAGCGAGAUGACCACGGGGAUGGAGAGCAGAGUGUCCAUCGCCUUCGGCUCCCCAGCGGGCAGCACGCCGGCGGCAGCGCCCCUCCCCGGGGGUAAUGGUUUGCGACAGGACGGUCCUCCCUCCAGAUCCCUCACCCACCCGCUCCACCAGAGCCUCACGACGCCGCAGAGCUCGCAGGCCAGACAGGAGUGGCCGAGUGACAACAUCCGAGCCCAGAUAGCAAAGAUCGAGCAGUUUUUGAGCUCAGAGGGGGUAAGCCUGCCCAAAAAGUCCAAAAUGGAGGAAGAAGAAGAUGUUGAGUUAUGAGAAAGAGAGCAGCUCUGGGAUUGAAAUAUAUGAAUAUGGCUAGUUUUGUUUCCCUUUGUAUAUGAAUAUGUGUAUUUGGAUGUCUAUGCCCUGUGUAAUGUCUUAUGACCUAUUUGAAUGGCAAUAACUCUCAGAAAGAGAGGCAAAAAUAUUUUUGGGGGGUAAUGUUUAUGUAUUUUAUUUAUUUAGGAUGCAAUUUAUACCACAACAUUUAUUCAGAUGAUACUAGUUCUGUGUUAAAAUGGAUAGGCUUCAGGCUAAUACUGUCUAAUCUACCACGAAAGAAGCUGCCAGAAAAAAACAUUUAUGUAUUUCCUGUAUUGGCAUCACUUUAAACUAAUUGACCUUAACACUUAAUGCUCAGAAUUUCUUCUGAAUAAAUAAUUUCUGAUCAUA